AUGAGUCAACAACAAUUUGGGAAAAAUUUUGAGAAAGGAGUUGAGGCGACAAGUUUGGUGCCAGGUGGAGGAGUUGUGAAAACUAGGAGUGAUAGAAAGGUGAGAGAUGAAAAACAAAAUUACCGAAAAAUUCAAGAAUUUUUUUUUUGAAUUUUCAUCUUUUCAGUGAAAAGUUUUCACAUGAAUUUGAUGACGUGGAAUACACUAUUUUUAACCUGAAAAGUAAAAAAUUUCGAAUUUCUGAUAAAACAUAAUUAUUUCAGACUAGAAAAAUUGAAAAUAGAAUUUAAAAUCAAAUUUCCACGUUACAAAGUUCACGCAAAAAAUUCAGAUGACGUGGAAUAUCUAAUUUAUAUUCAACAUUUGAAAAAUAAUCAUUUCUAACAAUUUUCGAAACAGGAAAAGUGAGAAAAACUGAAAUUUUCUGAGGAAAUUCUUCAAAUCCAAUAUUUUUUCAGCAUGGUGGAACUGAAUCAGCUCGAUCAUUGGCUCAAGUGUACAGAAACAAAUUGAUAGAAAGUAAAGAUCAACUUCAGGUUGCGGCAGCCAGGGAAUUAUUCAGGUAACUACAUUUUUUGUUAACAUCUGUAAUUUUUGUGAGCUGAAAAUCUGCUAUUUUUACCUGAAAAUUGUCAAAAGUUCCCAAAAUUUCACAAUUUCCAAUCUUACAAUAAUUGCACUUUUUUCCUUUCCUCCCUGAUAAAAUAAACUAAAUAAAUAAUCAAUUUUGAUAAGAAAAUGCCAAAAAUAUUGUGUUUAUUUUGAGGGGUCAAAUUGGAAAAUUGGGGGAAAAAUUUGGUUGUUUUUUCAGGUAUGUAAAUGGUGAUCUCAAAGAUGAACCUCCCGAAUUUAUCGAAUCAUUUUUGUCGACAUUGGAUGGAAGAACUGAAGCUGGAGCACAGGUAGAGGAGAUUUUUGAAUUUUUAAAAGAAAACUAUGGUUUUCAAAUUUAAUUAAAACAUCUGAAAACAAAUGGAAUAGUUUUUGAGAAUACCACAAAAGUUAUAUGAAAAUUUUGAAACAGUGAAAUAAUUUUUUGCAGAAAAUUUUUUAAAAUCUAAAAAAUUAGCCUGUAUUUUCCAAAGUUUUUUGCCUUUAAAAUAGUUUCUGUGAAACACUGAAAGUGGUCAGAUCAAAUUUUUAAAAAAUAUCCUGAAAUUUAUAUGAAUAUUUGAAACAGUUAAUUUUGUUUCAGUUCAAAACUGGAUUUUUUAAACAUUUUCCUAUAUUGUAAUCAAAUUUCUGAGAGUAUGUCAAAAUUUUAUGACAUUUUUGAAACAGUAAAUUUUUCUGACUCAAAAUGAAAAUUGCAGAGCGCCGUGUACAAUGCCACAAAAAGUGCAUCAAUCGAACAGAAAAAGGCUGGAAUUUUCAUGAUUGUCUGUUUAGCCGAUCAUCAAGGUCUAAUUCGAUAUGCGAAUUAUUUGUUGAAAAUGUUGAAUAGCGGUGGAAUGGAUGAGGAAACAGUCAAAAUGGGAUGUCGUGCAUUGGCUUAUUUGAUAAUGACAUCAAAAACGUAUGCGGCUGAAUUGGUUGAUCGAUGUAUGGAUCAUUGUACCGAAUGGCUGCAGUUUCCAGGUAAUUUUGAAUUUUUUUGAAAGCUAAGCUUUUUUGAAAUGUUUUUUUGUGAUAAGAGAACUCUUUCUGAGAAUGAAUUCAUCAUUUAAAAAAUUUGCUUCAAAAAUAUCUGAAUUUUUUGAAACGUAUUUUUUUCAUGAAAAAAAUCCUGAGAAAUGUACGUUUCAACAAUAUAUUUUGACAUUAUAAAUUUUUUGUUGUUGUUUGGUCUUUACAAGAAAAUGCACUAUUUCAAAAUUCUUCAGAUGACCGUGUCAGUUUAUUGGAUGAAAAUCGCCGCUUGGCCGCCGUUCAUUUGUCACGAGAAUUGGCCAUUUUCACACCGACCGCCUUCUUUUUGCGAGCAAAUUUGUUCUUCAAAUAUAUUUUCAACGCGUUGCGCGACAAAAGUCCCACAAUUCGAAUUGCCGCAAUUGAAGCACUUCAUUCGGUUUUGACGAUUAUAUCACAAAGAGAAGCGAAACAGAAAACUGAAUGGUGAGGGAUUUUUGGGGGGACUUGGGAUAAUUCUGAAUAAAAAUGAAUUUAUUAACGGCAGAAUCUUGUUUAAAAACAUUACCGUUUUAAAGUUCUCAUAUAAUUUUCUGACAUUUUUCCAAACUAUUGGGGUUAGCUAAAUCUGAAUUAAAAUUAUCGUAUUGAUCACAUCAGAAUCUUGUUUUAAAAAAUCACUGUUUCAAAGUUUUCAUAUAAUUUUUUGACAUUUUUCCAAACCAUUCACAACUUUUACGUUUCUCCAAUUUCUUGACGAGUUCUGCAGAAAAUCAGUCGAAUUUUGAAUUUUGCAAAUUUUUUUCACUGUUUCAAAAAAUUUAUGAAAAUAGAAAAAUGGUGAUUACAAUGAUUCUAGCCGGGGAGUUAUGAUAUUCAAGCAAUAUCUCAUUUUUGCAGGUACAAGGAAUGUUUCGACGAAGCUUUCAAUAUCGAAAAAGGCGAAACUCCUCGCGACGAACAAGAUCGAUAUCAUUCCGUUGCAGUUCUUCUCAAUGAACUUCUCCGAAUCUCCGAUCAAGCAUACGAACAUGUUCGAAUCGAAUCCUCGAAAUUCGAAAAACCCCAAAAACCCCAUGAUGAUCCAAUUACUUGGAUUGUUUUGCAUCGAUAUUCGGAUACUGUUGAAAGUGUAACAUCUCGACAACUUGUUAAAGAGAAUUUCAAAGAUAUACUUGGAUGUAUUCGAAAAAUCAUUGAAGUUGUCGCAAGAAAAUCGAAAGGCGGUGGAGGUGCGACAACUCAAAAGAAUUUGUAUUUGACGACGGUUUUGAUGCAAUUAUUACCAAGGGUUUGCGCAUUCACAGAAUGUGAUGCUAGUUUUCGACAAUUGGCAUUUGAAACCGCUUUCAAUUCAUUGAAUAAAUUACCAAUUGCUGCACCAGCUGUUGGAAUGAUGAUGUUAUCAAAUCCUGAACUUCAUAAAUCAUAUAUCCCACAAGUUAUUGGAUAUGUUACGAAUGCUCUCAAAAAAUCAUUGGAUCAAGCGGAUUUCUAUUUCACAUUUCUUUUUCUUUUCGUUGAUGCGUAUAAUCAAGAAAUCACUGAGCAAAUUAAAAGUCUUUUGCCAAUUUUGCUCGAUUUACCGCUUUCUCGAGGACUCACAAAUGUUUUGAAAAUGAUUAUGAUGCGAAUUCCAAAACUUCGACUAAAUGUUCAAGAUGGUGUUAUGGCGAGUGUUUAUUUGAAUUUGACUGGAGUCCCAGUUCCACCGAAAAGUGAACCUGCUGGAAGACCACCGCCACCAAGAAAUAUAUUGCAAAAAGCGAUGAAUGAUCAGAAAGAGUUGGAUAAAGUUGUGUUGUCGAUUGAUACGUUGGGAGAGUUUUAUUUUUCGAGAGGAGCAUUGCAGAGAAUUAUGCAAUAUGUGGCUGAUGUGAGUUUUUAGGGCUUUGGUGAUGAAAAUCAUUGCUCAGGUCAGGUCAAAAAUUGAAAUUUUCAAAUAAUUUCGAGACUUUCAAGUUUUAGCCCAAAAUCCCAGAAAAAUGUCAAAUUUUAGCUCAAAAAUUUGUUAAUGAAAGAUUUCAGCAAUUUUUCCAGACAAGUAAUUGAAUUUUGAUUUUUCAUUUGGAAAAUAACAAUUUGCCAUUUUUUUUAUCUGAAAUUGAUUAAGAAAUUGUUGAACAUUUUUCUAAUGAAAAUUUGAAUCUGGAAAUAAUUAUUGUUUUAAAAUUUGUGAAUCAAAGAUUUUCAGACUAAAAUUUGAAACUGAAAACUUUAUUUCUUUUUUUAAAGCACGAAUAUUGUAACCGAAAUCUAACAAUGAUUCAGAAUAUUUGAAAUGUUGGGAAACGUAUUUUUAACUGGAUUUUAAAAAAGAUUUUUUUCUCCUCAAAAAAUCCCAAUUUUUAUAAUUUUUGCAGUAUUAUUUGGUGGCUGAAAAUGUUGAAAUUCGAAUGGCAGCUGUAAAAUGUUGUUGUGAUAUGAUAGUUCCAUUUAUGCGAGUCUACAAAAAAGUGACAACUGACAAAAGACAUCAUUUAUUGGCAACAAUACACGGUGUUUUGAGAGCACUUGUUUCAUUGAUUGUUGUUGAUCCACAUGUUGAUGUUCGUAUGCAAGUGAUUCGAUGUUUCUCCGGUGUCUCUCAUCAAUUUUUGGUUCAUUUGGCACAACCGGAAAUGCUUGAAGUUCAAUUUAUGGCUCUUCACGAUGAAAAACUCGAAAUGCAACAAGCUUGUGUUACUUUAUUGGGAAGAUUAGCCGAAUUGAAUCCGGCUUUGGUUUUUCCACGAAUGCGAAGAAUGUUAUUGGAAACAUUGAGUCAAUUAACACAUAGUGGACAACCGAGACUCGAACAACAUUCGGCUAAAAUGAUUGCACAAAUUGCUAAUCAGAGCCCAAAGUUUUUGAGACCAUAUAUUGGAAGUAUGCUAGCUGCAUUGAUUCCGAAAUUGAGAAGUGAACUUAAGGUAUGUUUGAGGGGCAUUAAAAAAUUUCGCUGUUUCAAAAAAUUUAUAUAAUGUUUGGGAUUUUUUUUUUGGAAAAUUUGGUAAUAUUAAAUACAGAUAAUUAAAUUUUCUAGAAUUUUUUGAAGUUCCGGAAGGUUUUCAGAUUUUCCAGAAUUUACGGUUUUUAUUUUCACAAAAUUUCACUGUUUCAAAAAAUUCAUAUAUUUUUUGAUUAUUUUUCAAAAUUUGAUAUUGCGACGGCUGAGGUGUUUCGUAUAAAUGGGAAAUAGAACAAAAUUAGUUUUUCUGAAUUUUACCAUAAAAUCUGAUUGUGAGGGAACUUGAGAUUUCUGCAUUUAAUUGUAAGAUUUUUUAAUUUUCAUAAAACUUCACUAUUUCAAAAAGUUGAUAUAUUUUUUGGAUUUUUUUUAGAAGUUUGAUCCUUCGUUUUCGUUAUUUUUCAAUUUGUAA